UCAAAUCAAAUCAAACAAAUGAACAAACAGACAGACAGAAGACAGAAGGCAGAAUUCGAUUAUCACACAAUAUAGUAGCAUUGCUCCUUUACUUGUUGACUCUUUGGCAAAACCUUAAAGAUGGCUAUGGACAACCAUAAUCCUCUACUUUCAAUACAGAAGUCUUCUGAUUCUGGCCUCCAGAUAGCUCUACAUCCUCUUGUUCUUCUCACAAUCUCAGAUUAUAUCACAAGACAUACUCUGCGGCAACAAACUGGGCCUGUUGUAGGAGCAUUGCUGGGUCAACAAAAUGGUCGUGAAAUUACUAUUGAGCAUGCAUUCGAGUGCCUACUUGAAGCGACAGCGGAAAAUGAAGUAAAGUUAUCACCAAGCUGGUUUGAGGCAAGAUUACUGCAGAGUAUGUACAUCCUGUUUCUGGGGGCGAUAUUCGAAUACUGACCUUUCACAGUGAAGGAUGUUCACAAAGUCCCUCCUCUUGACCUUGUUGGCUGGUACACCAUAAUUCCUAGCUCUGGACCACAACCUAUCCACCUACCCAUUCAUCGACAAAUCCUCUCUACAUACAAUGAGUCUGCUAUUCUACUUGGGUUUCAUCCUGAGGAAGUGCUUGGUGGCGCGGCUGGUGGGAAGUUACCUCUCACAAUAUACGAAAGCAAUUAUGAGGCAGAGGAAAGCAGUGGGGAAACUGGCGAGGAUAAGGAAAUGAAGGACGAAGAAUCACAACUCAAGCUCAGAUUUAAGGAACUUCCAUUUACUGUCGAGACUGGCGAAGCAGAGAUGAUCAGUGUUGACUUCGUGGCCCGUGGUGGAGGAAAUGCUACAGCUGUAGAUGGUACCAGCAAGAAAGUUGCGCCCGCAGAAGGUAAGGGCAAAGGCAAGGCAACGUCCGAAGACACGAUUCGCUCAGAAAUCCCGAAACGCGACGAGGGCAGUUUAUCACGCGAAGACGAAGAACAGCUCGCUUCCCUAACUGCGAAGGCGAACGCUAUCAAGAUGCUACAAUCUCGAAUCAAUCUGGUUGCCGCUUAUCUCCAAAAUCUCCCACCCUCCUACGUAUCUGACGGAGUUGCUUCAGAAUCCGAUAUCGAAUCUGGAAAGUACGCACCGGUCAACCACUCGAUUCUCCGCUCUAUUCAAGCCCUCCUCGGUCGUCUCAGUGUACUCAUACCCGCCAACAGUCAAGGUUUUGAACACGAACUCAUCUCUGAAAAGAACGAUGUCAGCCUUAUCUCCCUCCUCAGCGAGCUCACAAAAUCAGCGCAUGAUAUCAGAGAGACAGGAAAGAAGUUCGCCAUUGUGGAGAAUGGAAAGAUGAACAGGAUGAUGAAGCAGGACCGUGGCAUGAGUUGGGGCGAUCAGAGCCAUCCAAUGCGAGAUGUAAUGAAUGUUGGAGAUCUUCUUAUGUGAUAGUGUUGUCUUGUUAUCUUUGAGCGAUUUUUACGGCGCAUUUUUGGUUUGGGCGUAUGGAGAGGAGGCAUGCAGGCGUGCAAGUGGUGCGCGAUUUACAUCGUGAAGAAAAAGGCAACUGGCGUACUUUGCAUGUGGCAUUUUUGAUAUCAUGAGAAUGGGGUCACGAAUGAACGAAAAAUAGAUAAGCAACGAUUAUCUGGCAUGACAUAAAUUUGAGAUUUCCGCUUUCGUAUUUUAUCUUGCUAGACAGCAUUGAAAAUUAUUUCUACAAUGGAUUGUUGCACAAU